AUGUCGACUGACGCUAGCGUUCACAUGAAGGAAGCAAGCCAAGAAGAUGAUAUGGCGGCUUUGGCCGCGAAAUCCUGUACACCGAUAGCCAUUGUGGGGAUAGGCUUUCGGGGUCCAGCGGACGCUAAAAACGUCCAGAAGCUGUGGGAGAUGAUAAUGGCUGGUAGAGAAGCCUGGUCUCCAAUUCCAGCUGAGAGGUGGAAUAAUGUAGCUUUCUACCACCCAGAUAACGCCCGACAUGGAACUAUCAAUGUGGAAGGUGGUCAUUUCCUGGAAGAGGAUGUAUCCUUGUUUGAUGCACCGUUUUUCAACAUGACGAGUGACGAAGCAGCGGCUAUGGACCCCCAGCAGAGAUUGUUGCUGGAGGUAGCGUAUGAAGGACUCGAGAAUGCUGGUAUUCCUUUGGCAAACAUUAUGGGAACAAAAACAUCUUGCUUUGUAGGCUCCUUCUCUGCUGACUAUACGGAUCUCCUUCUUCGGGAUCCCGAGUGUGUGCCGAUGUAUCAGUGUACGAACUCCGGACAGUCCCGCGCAAUGGUAGCUAAUAGGCUGUCGUAUUUCUUCGACCUGAAAGGCCCAAGUGUCACAGUGGACACGGCCUGUUCAGGAAGCCUUGUCGCAUUACAUCUGGCAUGUCAAAGCCUGCAGACAGGCGAUGCCUCGAUGGCGAUCGCAGCAGGCGUCAAUUUGAUAUUAAGCCAUGAAUUCAUGUCGACAAUGAGCAUGAUGAAAUUCCUUUCACCUGAUGGAAGAUGCCAUACUUUCGAUGAAAAGGCAAAUGGUUACGCGCGAGGCGAAGCAGUGGGCUGUCUCAUUCUUAAACCCCUGUCUCAGGCAUUACACGACGGCAACACGAUCCGAGCUGUGAUACGAGGGACUGGAUCGAACCAGGAUGGUCGCACUGCGGGAAUAGCGAUGCCGAAUAGGGUUGCACAAGAAACCCUGAUCCGAGGCGUUUAUGCGCGUGCUGGGCUUGAUCCUUUAAAUACAGAUUUUGUGGAGGCUCAUGGGACAGGCACACAAGCGGGAGAUCCGAUUGAGACAGGCGCGAUUUCGCAGGUCUUUGGCGCUGGACGAUCUCCUGAUAAGCCCGUGCGCAUAGGGUCUAUCAAAACUAAUCUCGGGCACUUGGAGGGUGCGAGUGGAGUUGCUGGUGUUAUUAAGGCGGUGCUGAUGCUAGAGAAUCGGAUGUUCUUGCCGAAUCGCAACUUUGAGAAGAUAAAUCCGCGUAUUCUACUGGAAGAUUGGAAUCUCAAGAUUCAAUUGUGUCCUGAGCCAUGGGAGACAACGGGGUUUCGUCGGGUUUCUGUGAAUAGUUUCGGUUAUGGUGGAAGUAAUGCCCAUGUUAUCAUUGAGGAGGUCCAGGGUUCUUUAACCAAUGUUGACCACAGGAAACGUGAUUGGAAUCCGUUGGCUGUAUCAAAGAGUGCAUCAGAAGAAUCUCCCGGCUUCCCUCGAAUAUACUUGCUUUCCGGAUUUGAUGAAGUAUCAUGCGCCCAGCAGAUGCAGGCCUUGUGCACAUAUAUCCUUGAAAAGGGCACUCAAAACAUUAAUGAAGGAUUCCUCGACAAUCUUGCCUUCACCAUCAACGAAAGGCGUUCUGUAUUUCCCUGGAAAGUGGCUGUUGUCUGCGGUAAUGCGAAAGACUUGGCUGGCUCGCUUUCCCAAAAUAUCAAAGCCAGGAGCGCGAUUCGAAAGCCGAGGCUUGGGUUUGUCUUCACCGGACAAGGCGCUCAGUGGGCAGGAAUGGGCAAAGAACUACUGCCGAUUUUUCCUGUUUUCAAAGCUUCGGUAUUGGCGAUCGAUAGACAUCUAAAUGACAUCGGGUCUGGAAUUACAGUGCAAGAAGAGAUUCAAAGAUCCCCCAAGAACUCAAAUCUGAACCACCCGAGCCUCAGUCAGACAGUGUGCACAGCGCUCCAAAUUGCGCUGGUCGAUUUGCUCAGUUCAUGGAAUAUAUAUCCAGACUCCGUGACUGGUCAUUCCAGCGGUGAGAUUGCCGCUGCUUAUGCGUCUGGCGCACUCAGCAUGAAAGAUGCAAUAUCGGUUGCAUAUUAUCGAGGUCUUUUGGCAAGCCAACUUCUGGAUGACCCGAUUGGGGGCGCGAUGAUGGCAGUUGGGAUGUCUAUUAAAGAUAUACAGCCCUAUUUGGACAGAUUUGAUCCCGGAGAGCUGGUGGUAGCAUGUGUAAACAGUCCAUCGAGUGUGACGAUUUCAGGCGAUGCACUAGCAGUUGACGCUUUAGGGCAGAUGCUGAAAGAUCAACCGGUGUUCAGUCGACGCCUUGAAGUCGGCGUCGCUUAUCAUUCACCUCAUAUGGAGAAGAUUGCUGAGCAGUAUCACGACUUAACAGACCAUAUUCAAGUGCUACAGCCGGCUGGAAUAGAAGCAAACGGAAGCCAGCAUCCAGUACCGAGAUUCUUUUCCUCGGUCACUGGGACACUUUUCUCCCCAGACAGACUAAAUAACGACUAUUGGGUAUCGAAUUUGCUGGGGCAAGUAAAAUUUGCUGAUUCACUCAGAACACUGUGUUUUGAGACAGGUGGUCAAUGUGCUGGGCAACAGAGAUCGCCUAAAAUGAAACGAGUUAAGGCUGCCCAGAAGGCUUCAGUUGACUGCUUGGUCGAGAUAGGUCCGCAUUCUGCACUCAAUGGACCAAUUCAACAAAUAAUCAGAGCCGAUGCGAAGCUCAAUUCCGCUGACAUUGCCUAUAUCAGCAUUCUUACUCGCAAAACCGAUGCAGUUAGCACAUCGAUGGGUGCAGCUGCCACAUUGGUAUCAUUAAAUUACCCGGUCAACUUCGAAGAAAUCAACAGACCCGAAGUGAGGAGAAAAGAACACACACCAGAGCUACUUAUGGAUCUUCCGGCAUACUCCUGGAAUCAUACCAGGUCGUACUGGGCCGAGCCACGGCUGAGCAGGAUGUACCGCAAUCGACCAACACCACGAUUGGACCUGAUUGGCGCGCCAGACAAUAUGUCAUGUCCAUUUGAGCCUCGCUGGAGAAACCACCUCCGCACAUCGGAGCUUCCUUGGCUUCUAGAUCAUAAGAUACAGGGAAGCAUCAUCUUCCCGGCUGCGGGAUAUUUGACCAUCGCCAUCGAGGCAGCCAAGCAGCUUAUGGAAACCAGAGAAGAUAUUCACACGUAUCUUCUACAGGAAAUCAAAAUAAAAUCUGCCCUGGUACUCAACGAAACCUCCGCGGUUGAGCUCAUGGUAUCUCUUUCGAAGUCGUCACAAGACCGGGGGAAUUUACUGGAUUUCCACAUUUACUCCAUCUCAGAAAACAAUAAUUGGACCGAGCAUUGUACUGGCUUGGUUGGAGGACAAAAACACCCUAGUUCUUCUAAAGAUGGAGCAGAAGAGGCCGGUGGGUACGCAAUGGUUCCCUUGGGGACCGAAGUUCAUGGAAUAUCGGUGAUCGACGUCCAAAGCUUUUACGACAAGCUCCAAAACGCUGGACUAGAGUAUGGUCCAUGUUUCUCAAAUCUUACGGAAGCACGGGUCACUCAGGAUGGAACAUGCUUUGCAGAACUCACUGCGCCAGAUACAAGAUCGAUGAUGCCCGCAUCAUUUCAACAUGACCUCUUGAUCCAUCCUUGUACCCUCGACAGUAUAUUUCAUACUGUUCUUGCCGCUCUUCCUCCAGGCAUGGGGGUAGAAGAAGGACCUGUUAUUCCUGUGUCGAUCGAAGAGAUGAUCAUAUCAUCUGGACUGAAUUUCUUGGCCGGAGAACUGAUGAGUGUCUGCACUCAUGUGCGCCGAAUGCCAAAAAAGGAUGUCACGGCAUGUAUAGUCGUCGCGGACUGCAACGACAAGAAAUUUGAAACGGAGCCCAGUCUCUCAAUUCGCGGCCUACAAUGUGCGCGCCUUGGUCUUCCGGAAACAGCGUCGACGUCUAAAGCGAUGAGUGCGAUAUACAACAUCGAUUGGAAAGCCGAUUCAAGCUUUCUUACUGGUGAUAAUGCAUCGUUCCUGUUCGACAGGAGUGACCACGAGAAGGAAUCUUUGCUUCAAACAGAGAGCGAACAUUAUGCAGCUGACUUCAUAAGAGCUGCUUUGGAAGAAGUUGGUCCGGAAGAAGCGAUGACACUCGAUUCUUCUCACCGCAGAUUUUGGUGUUAUCUCCAAGAUGUUCUCGAGAGAUACGACACAGAAUCAAAACCACACUUCGAGGAGUUUGAUGCCGCCCCGGUGGGCCAUCUUUUACAGUCCAUCGGCCAAAAUCUGGUAGGCAUCAUUCAGGACAGGAUCGACUAUUCCAGUGUAAUCCAAGACGAUCAUUCGCUGGAUGCGUUCUGGGAUAUAUUUUCCACCGACGCCUCAUACCAAGCAGUGGCAAAUUAUGUUGCGUUGCUUGGCCACAAAAAGCCAACUCUAUCCAUUCUCGAAUUUGGAGUCGGAACUGGUCAAAUAGCGGAAAUAUUCUUGCAAGCUCUUAUGAAGAUUGAUGGACCAUCUUGCUGCGCAAAAUACAUCUUUGUUCACGAAAGCGCUUCUGUCCUUGAACAAACCUCAACGCAACUGGAGCCAUGGUCGGAUUGUGUUGCUUGCAAAGCUUUGUAUCUUGAUAAGAGCUUCACUGAACAAGGGUUCGAAAACAAUUCUUUUGAUGUUAUAAUUCUGCCUCAUGGGUUGUGUACCGCACGAAGUGAACAAAUUGCUCUUUCCAAUAUUCAUGAUCUGUUGUACCCAUCUGGCUGUUUGAUCACAAUCAAUCCGUUCGACCCGAAAAGAAACGUCUUGAAAAACUUACUGUUCAGUGCCUUGCAUUGUCUAUCGGCGGAUGAAUUCUGCUUGGGCCAGGGUGGUUGGACAGAGAACCAAUGGACCGAAACUCUGAGUGAUGCGCAAUUCACCUCUGUGGAUGCUUUUGCUGAGCAGAACUCUGAAAAGAGUCAUCAUUUCAUUGUGGCCAAAAAGCAAAGUUACGAACUGUCAAAAGCUAAAAUCUCAAUUAUAUCCGAAGACAAAGAUGGAAAUGCUACGAAGUAUCUCGUCAGCCAAUUCAAGAAAGCUUCAUGUGAUGUCAUUGUUACGGACAUUCACAAUGUACAUCCUAAAGAUCGAAUUUGCCUGAUCUUGGAUGUAUGGAAAUCGUCUAUACUAGUUGCCCCUGAUAGCACAGAGCUGACGAAGAUCAAAGAAAUUUUCAUGGGGAGCGCAGGCGUCCUCUGGGUGACGAAAGGAGGAACGAUUGAGCCUGUCAAUCCAGAUGCCAGUCUGGCUAUUGGAUUCGCAAGAACAGCCCGGGCUGAGUCUGGUGUUAAACCGAUAAUCACCCUUGACUUGGACGCUCGAAAUCCCCUUUCUGACGCCCGAGCUGCCGAAGUUAUCUCUGGUCUUCUGGUCGCGCGAUUCCUUCGUGGAGAGCCUGAUGACGACACGGAAUAUGCAGAAAGAAAUGGGGUCAUGUUGAUCCCACGUGUCCUGGAAGAUAUGAACGCGAACAAGACCAUAGAAAGUAUUGAUAAUAUCGAGAAUGUAUCAGCGCAUUAUUUCCAGCAUAUUGAUCAACCUGUACGACUUUCCAGGAAGACUAACAAGCCUGGUUUUGUCAGCGACAUCCAAAUGUCGGAGCUCCCGAUGGACUACGUCGGAAUCAAAGUACAUUCCUUUGGUUUGACCAGAUGGGAUAGCUCUCAAGAUCUCCGGUAUUGGGAAAUGGACGAUACACUUGGUCUAGAAUGCAGUGGGGUCGUAUACAAAGUUGGUGCUGGAGUCCAUGACAUUACCAUAGGAGAUCGGGUCGCAUGUCUGGGCACUGGGACUGCAAGAAGCUUCUAUCACGACCGGCUAUCCACAUUCCAGAUCAUCCGCGAUGAUAUGACGUUAGAGCUUGCCUCGGCUAUACCUCUGGCAUAUACAACUGCGUAUUAUGCUGUGAACUAUCUAGCCCUCAUUGAAGUUGAAGAAUUGGUUCUUGUUCAUAAUGCUGGCAGUCUGUUCGGGCAGGCGAUUAUGGAUUUGUGCUUGCUGAAGCAGGCCCGCGUCUUCGCAAUCGUUCAGAAAACCACUGAAAGAGAUUCGCUGAUUGCUCAAUAUAACAUUCCCGGAGAACAUAUCUUAGGGAGCGGACAGGUAGAAUUUGUGAAGAGCCUGUUGCGGUUUACCGAUGGCAAGAAAGCAAACACAGUAUUUGCAUUCGACGAUGCAGAAGAAAACGAAUUGAAAAGCUGCACAGCACCAUUUGGUCGGCUUAUUCAACUUCGAACAGACUUCCUGAAAACUCGACGAUUGUCUUGCCCGCAGAAUAUGUCACUGUCUAUUUUGAAUAUAUUUGAGCUCUACAAAGAAAGAGCAGACCUUGCCGAUCAGAUCUGGUCGAAGGUAGCGCGGCUAUUUCUUCAAAACCGACUCAAAGGGCCUGCAUCUAUUAAUCUUUAUCCUGUUUCACAUAUCCAUGAAGCAAUCACUACAGCUUCAGCCGAGCAACACGCUGUAGUUUCUGCAAAGCCCGAUGAUAUUGUUCAGGCCACUCUACCAAAGAAUCCCCAGCCACUGUUCCGCAACAAUGUAUCCUACCUACUGGUUGGAGGACUGGGUGGUAUUGGGCGGGAAAUAGCGUUGUGGAUGGCACAAAAUGGAGCGAAGAGUUUGAUUUUCAUCAAUCGCAGUGGCCUGUCAACUGAUCAGUCCAAAAGAACCGUGAAAGAACUAAUGGAGCGAGGCAUACAAGUUACCAUCAAAGCUUGUGAUAUAUCUGAUGAGACCCACGUCGAACGGAUCCUUCAUAACCUCUCCAACUGCACACCUCCAAUACGGGGGCUCAUACAAUCAGCCAUGGUUCUUAGAGACGUUCAUAUCGAGGACAUGCAAUUAGACGAUUAUCGCGAUGUCAUGGGCCCCAAACAUCGUGGAACUUGGAAUUUGCAUCGACAUCUUCCCAACGAUAUGGACUUUUUUGUCAUGUUAUCGUCUAUCAGCGGAGUAAUUGGAAAUGCCACGCAAGCUGCCUAUGCCGCCGGCUGCGCUUUCAUGGACUCUUUCGCAGCUUACAGAAAUAACCAAGGUCUCCCGGCAGUAUCCAUAGACCUUGGCGUAAUCACGGACGCUGGGUAUCUGGCAGAGAAUAAGGAAUUGGCGACAAGGAUGGAACGACAGGGAUUCCACGGCACGAAUACAACGACCCUUUUAUCUUUAAUUCAGGUCGCAAUCUCGCAGCCAUCGAAUGAUAUAACGCAGAUGGUCACUGGACUCGGCCAAUGGAGAGAAGGAGAAUCCCUGGGAAAUUUUGAUGUGCCGUUGUUUUCGCAUUUUCGCCGCAAGUUCGUCAAUCACGCUGCAACUUCCGUUCUGAGUAACUCAGUGGAAGCAUUAAAAGUCGAGCUAAGUGCCGCGAAAACAAUCGAGCAGGCUUCCAUCGUUAUCGGUGAUGCGAUCGGCAGAAAACUUGCCUCUCACCUCUCUAUUCCAAUAGAAAACAUCAACCCUUUGAACCCGGUUUCCGAAUACGGGGUUGAUUCCCACGUGGCCAUUGAGCUCCGCAACUGGAUAUCAAGAUCCAUGGGCUGCACGAUCCCCAUUUUGGAGAUUCUAGCCAGGUCUUUGAUGGAUUUGUCCCAUAGGGUCGCCAGUGACAUUAUCAAGGACGAGGAGGAGUAA